ACCAAUAGUUUGUUAUCUAAGUCAUAAAGAUAGCCUUGCCUCCCCCAUAGUACUCUCUCUCUCUACUUACAGUCUCAGUGCCUCACUCUUUAUUUCACUUUGCAUACUAUCCCUCAUCCUACAAAACCUCUCAGUUUCUCUCAAGAUCUCUCUCUAUAUACAGAUAAUAGUGCCAUGAACAUGAAAGCAACUAAGAAGAUGAGGGGUUUCAUGUGCCAGUCCCCUGCAGCCACUGCAGUUUGCACCAGUGAUCCCCGGUCAGUGAUAGUGCCGCGAAGGCCAAACCAAAUGCUGGUUGAACAUGCAAGAUUUAUCAACAAUGCCAAGUACUCUCGACUCGUAGAGUCCCGUAGAUUUGCUCCUGUUACUAGGAGAUCAGCUACUGUUCCAUCUCUUACAAGGGACCAAGACCAUGUUGAGGGACACAAAAAGGCCUCCCAAGUAGCUUCUUCAGACCAUGUCUUUCAGGUGGUGGUAAUGAGAGUCUCUCUUCACUGCCAAGGCUGUGCUGGUAAAGUAAAGAAACAUUUAUCUAAGAUGGAAGGUGUGACAUCAUUCAGUAUAGAUCUGGAGGACAAAAGGGUGACAGUGAUGGGACACGUGUCACCUGUGGGUGUACUAGAGAGUGUGUCAAAGGUGAAGAAAGCAGAGUUUUGGCCUUGUUGAAUGGCAUAUAUUGCAUGGACUCAACUUAAAAUGGUAGGUUGGUUCACAUGGUGCCAAAAGAGGAACCCUAAAGAUGCUUGUGUAGCUGUUUUCUGUCCAUAAAAGCUAUUCAAUUUGUGGGUCCCACGAUUAAAAAUGGCAAUGGAUGGUGGAAAUUUGAUCAUGUGGGUAAGAGCAGUAUUUGAUAGUGAUAGGCCUGGGUGUAUUUGAACAUGGACAUCUUCAUUUAUUAGUGUCUCUAAUCUUACUCUUAUGUCUAAUUAACCUUAUAUAUGUG